ACCCAAAACCUCGUGUUCUUCUUCUUGGUUCUCACCUCCGACUAACGGAAAAUGUUGCGUUCAGUUCUCAGGGCAGCGGCGGCAGCCUCGAAACACCAUCUCUGCAAUCGUAAUCCCUCUCCGAUCCUUUCGCUUUCAUCAAAUUACUCAGCUAAGACCCCCAAAUCCACCGUGAAGAAGACCAAGAAGGGGAAGUCCAAUGCCGACGCCAAAGCCGCCGAUGAUCCCUCCGCCACCGCUGCUGCUUCCGACGACUUAGAUGCGGCGCUUUCCGAUGACAAAUCCCGCGCCCGCCGUCUUGCUGCCGAGGAAAAUGACCCCUCACUCGACGUUGGCCCAAAUGGCCGCCCUCUCUUCACCUCCGCAUCCUCGCUCUCGCAGCUCACUCGCAAGGAUUCAGGCACUUAUUUCAAAUUCAAUAUGGAAGGACUGAAUGAGGUACUGCCGGAGGGGUUGCCUUUGGGAAUGGUCAAGGAGUUCGAGGAGUCUAUGCGAAGUGCUGUGCUUGUGCGGAAAAGUUUUUUGGAACUCCGCGACAAUUUCAGGCGUGUGGUUGAUCCAUCAUUGCGGUCACCGGAUGGUUUAAAAAUUAGAAAACAGAUCGUAUUGGAUGGCCCUGUUAAUUGUGGAAAGAGUACUGCGCUCGCCAUGCUCGUUCACUGGGCGCGGGAUGAAGGUUGGCUAGUUCUUUAUGUUCCUAGUGGGCGUCGGUGGACUCAUGGAGGAUUCUUCUUUAAAAACCCUCAAACAGGACUUUGGGACACACCCAUCCAGGCUGAAGAUGUUCUGAGAGAUUUUCUGAAGUACAAUGAAACCCGCUUAAGACAAUUGCCAUGUCAAAUAUCUGAACCUAUACCAUUGGGAGAGGGUGUUGGUGUUGGCAUGAUGAAAGGUGCUGAUUCCAUGACGAUGCCUGAGGGUUCAACUUUAUAUGACUUGAUUGAUACUGGAAUCAAGCACACCCAUGCGGCGGUUGGGGUGGUAAUUCGUUUAAGAAAAGAAUUAUCCCUUGUGAAAGAUAUUCCUGUGCUAAUUGCUAUUGAUCAAUAUAACAACUGGUUUACAUUCAGUGAGUAUGAAGAACCAGUGACUGUACGUUCUACUCGAACCAUACAUGCUAGAGAACUUGCAAUGGUAAAAGCUUUUAGGUCUAUGAUGCAUGACGACAUGAUGGUGGGUGCUUUCUCUCAUUCAACUGCUGUAGGAAAGCUGCGUCAAGACUUGCCGGAUGUUCCUCUAGAUGCCCGUGUGAAUUUCCCUCGCUACAGUCUUGAUGAAGCAGCUUCUGUUUUCCACUAUUACCUUAGACAAAGACUAAUACGCCGUGAAGCCUUCACAGAGGAUGCCUGGAAAAAGAUAUACUAUUUGUCGAAUGGGAAUGGAGCGGAAAUGCGGUGGCUGGUACCGUUGAUGCGGUGACACCAAUGUCCCAAAUUUUCUCCACCCUCUGCUCUCAGGCUCAGUUCAACACAUUUACUGCAGCUGCAGACAUGGUACCGAGUCCAGUGUUUGUAUUUGUAAUUUUAGCGACCCAUUGGAGAAUUAACCCUUUACAAGGCACAAUUUUUACACUUCUCUACACUUAUGAUCCUUUUUGUUCUUUUUUUUUUUUUAUAAUAUAUUUAUUUAAAUACAUUGUUCAAUAAGGUGUUAUCUCUGUUUAGAGGAAAAGCUUAGAUGCUGCCCUCUUGGCCACCAAUUUAGCAGUAAUGUCCGAAUUGUAUUUUAAAUUCCACCAUGAGAAAUGUUGCCAGAUACAUAAUGGUGCAAGUUUUUGCACGGACAAAAAUGUUUUCAAUUUCGUUAUGGUA